GAACAAGUUGGAAAAGGCGCAAAAGGGCACAAGUGCGAGAGUGAAGCAUAAAAGUGUGACGAGAAAAUUUACUUGCUUUAAUUAAUUUUUUUUGGAAUAAAAAUAUCAACAUUAAUUAGCUUUUAGUAAUAUUUUGGUGAAAAUUAAAAGGCUUGCAACCCAAUAAAUACACAUUACAGAACGACUAUCCAACAGCCGAGUAUUAAUAGAAAGUCUUUAGUAAGCAAAACGAAACCCGUUACGUCUCAGUUGCGAACAGUGUGGAGCAACAAAAUGAAUUGGUUGGCUUUGAUCAUUUCCAUUUCGGCGACAAUUAAUAUAGCGCUCGCCUGUAGUCGCAUACCACCCGGCGCGACGACCGCCAAAUCACGAGUGGACGAUAAUUACAUGGUGUCGAUAGCCGGAAAUCCGCAAACAUACAUUCCGGGACAGAAAUACAAUGUCUCACUCGUCGCCUACAAUGAUCUGUCUUUUAUCAGUUUCAUAUUGGCAUUGGAGAGCGCCAAUGAAGUUGACGAACAAGCGGACUUUGGUACACUUGGCUAUUUCGAGAUCAUCGAUUUAACAGAGACACGUUUCAGUCCACGUUGUCCGAAUCUUGUGGAGAACACAAAUACGAAUAUGAAGACACACGUGGAAGUGAUCUGGGUAGCACCGGCAACCACGGGAAAUGGUUGCGUUCUUAUCAAAGCCACGGUGACGCAGCAUCGUGAUGUCUGGUUCAUGGAUGAUGGUUUUUUGACAAAACGCAUUUGUGAGGAGGAGGUUGAUGAUGUGGAUACACAACCGAGUAUUGUGGAUCCCUGCUGUGCAUGUGACGAGGCAAAAUAUGAGCUCACUUUCGAGGGAAAGUGGUCGCGACAUACACAUCCCAAGGACUUCCCGGCAAACAGUUGGCGCACCAGAUUUAGUGACAUUAUUGGCGCCUCACACACCAUUGAUUAUCGCUUUUGGACUUAUGGUGAGUUGGGGAGUCAAGGUCUGCGUGAGGUGGCCGAGCACGGAUCUACGAGAACGUUGGAAAGUGAGCUGAAAGAUCAGAGUGACCAAAUAAGAACAAUCAUUAAAGCGCGUGGCAUUUCCUACCCCAACGUGACUGGUAAAACUUUCGCCGUCUUCCGGGUGGAUUCUAAACAUCAUUUGAUUUCUCUGGUAUCUAUGAUUGAUCCUUCACCUGAUUGGAUUGUGGGCAUUUCAGCCUUAGAACUUUGUUUGCCCAAUUGUACAUGGAUCGAGAACAAAGUACACAAUCUUUAUCCUUGGGAUGCGGGUACGGAUAACGGACCUUCCUAUAUGUCUGCCGAUCAGCCACAAGUGCCUCCUGAUGUUAUCAGACGCAUAAAAUCAAAUUUUCCAAAUGAUCCACGCUCGCCAUUCUACGACCCCUCCGGUGCGCCUAUGAAACCGCUAGCUACAUUGCACAUAAAUCGACGCAGGUUGUAUGAGAAGACUUGCGAGAAUGCAGAAGGGAAAGAGCCUACUGAGUGUGCCACCUUCCCCUGGAGUCAUUGGAGUGAUUGUAGUCCUAAGUGCGGUUCAGGUACGCAACAUCGUACACGAGAGUACAAACAGCCGGCGGUAGCGCGGCGUUCCAAAUGCCAUAAUACUUUGCGUGAAGAGCAGCCCUGCAAUGGGCAGCGUUGUGGACCCGAAAGUGAAGAUAAUGCCGAAGAAGAUGAAAAUACAAAUGAACAUGAGGGCAAUACGCAAGAAGUUCCCGAGUGUGCAAUCUCUGGUUGGAGCGGUUGGUCUACAUGUUCUGCGACCUGUGGUUCGGGCGUUAUAAUACGCUCGCGACAUUACCUAAAUCCCAGAGCGAAGAAGAAAUGUCAGAAAGUAAGUAAGCAGCGGUUGCAGGAAACCCGCAAAUGCGAAGGUCCCGAAUGUGGUGGUGAUUUGGCAAAUGGUGCCGGAGGUGAGGGGGGUACUGAAGGUGACGAAACGGCAGGUGAGGAGGAGAAUGCCGUGGAAAAUGAGCUGAGCGAUGGCACAAGCGCAUUCCAUCCAGACAACAACAAUGGCUUCCGUCUGUUCCAGAGCUACAGUCAGAAACGCGAGGACUACAUACCACCAGAAUGCGGCUAUUCACAAUGGUCCGACUUCUCACCAUGCAUCGGACCCUGCGGAAGUACUGGCUAUCGCCAAAGACAACGCAAAAUAUGGAACAACGACGAAGUUUAUGGUGUUAAGAAUCCGAAAUCGGAUGGUAGUGAUCCGUGUCGUCAUAUUAAGCGCGAAGAGAUGGUAAAUUGCACAAAUCCCGCAUGCGAUACCAUCGUACCACACUACUGUUUUGCCAGCCUUAAGAUAAGUCCGUGCCGUGAUGGCGAUGUAACUAACUACUGGUAUUACGACUAUCCCACCGACCAGUGCGCCAUAUUUUGGGCCGAUAAGUGCGACAAGAACCAUAAUAAAUUUCUCUCGAAGGAGGCUUGUGAGGACACCUGUCGUCGUCCACGUCAAAAGUUAGAUUUACAAAGCGAAAGUUUACGCAUGGAACACCAACCAGUCGAUUGUGCCGUCUCCGAAUGGGAACCGCGCCCGUGCAAUGUGACCUGUGGUGAGGGCAUGCAGAUAAAGACGCGGCGUGUGCUACGACGCGCCAAAUACGGCGGCAAGCCUUGUCCCAAACAUUUGGUACGAUUGGAAAAAUGCUAUCAAAGCUGCGAUGAGGUGUACACCAUAAGUGGUGGAUUGGGUGGCAGUACUGGUGACGGAAGCGAUUUCGAUAAGCCAUUUCGCAAUCGAGGCAGCUAUGUGAGCGCACGACAGAUGGUGAAGAAAGACGAUUGUCGCUACUCAGAGUGGUCGGCUUGGACGCCUUGCACAGCCAGCUGCGGCGACAAUUCGAUGCGACAGAAGACACGAACAUUACUCAACACGGAAUUGAGCUACAAGUGUAAGGAUCGCGUACGCGUGGAGAAAUGCAUCGUGAUGCCAUGUCUGCUGGAGAGCAACGAUCAGGAUAGUCAAUGGUGAAAUGGCUAGUGAGAAAUGAGUUUUAAAAAACGGGAAUAAGCUGAGACAAAAAUUUAAAUAAUUUUACCAUACAUUAUUUAUUGUUCGCAUGUAAUAGUUUAGGAAAAUGUAUGUAUUGAAAAUAAUCAUUGUCUAAAUGAAACUUGAAAACUUUCUAAAUAAGGUACAUAUUUGUUUAAUAAUAUGUUUAAAAGUAUAAUACUUAUAUUUGUAUGUGUAUAACGAAAUACUCGAUUGCAUAGAGGAUCACACAAAUCGAAUAUUUAUCUAACCAAUUAAUAAAAA